AUGUUAGAAAAAAAGUUUGCUGACAUUGACAAGAAAUUUGAGAAUGUUUUAAACAAGAACAAGAGGAAGUUAGAAAAUGCUCAGAUAAAGCCUAUACAUGAAAAGUUCUUAUUUGCUCAGAAUGGUAUAACAGGUCUAAUUGCACCACCUGGGUCGGGUAAGACUUUCACUUAUCUUAAAAUGGCUGCACAACAACAAGAACUAGAUGAGAAGAACCCAUUCUAUGAGUUAGUUGUUAUUUGUUCGACUUCUGGUCAAUUUGACCAAACCGUCAAUUCGUUCAAAGAUAUUAUAAAGAAGUCUAAGUUAGUAUGUAUAAAAGAUACUGAGUUGUUAGAUUGGAUAAAGAAGUACCAAAGAAGAGUUUUGAAGUAUAAUGCUAUAAAUGAGUAUAUAAAUUCUAAGUUUAAAGACCCAAAUGAGGAAAUGCAGAGAAUAUUAGAGAAGAAACACUUCAGAAACAAACAGAAAGAGAUAGAAUACAUUUCGAAGAAAUUGCAAUCUUACGAUUGA